AUGAAACUUUUAGCUAUUGCCACUUCUCUUGUAGUAGCUGCUUCAAUUGGUGUUGAAACAGUAUCUGCCGCGGGUUACAGUUACGUCCACGGCGGUGCCAAAGGUACCUCACAAGCAACGCGUUACUGGGAUUGCUGUAAGCCUUCUUGUGGUUGGAAUGGUAAAGCCAAGGUUUCUUCUCCUGUUAGAACAUGUGCCAAAAAUGGUGUCAGUAUUAUCGGUAACAACGUUCAAAGUGGCUGUGCUGGUGGAGGUGCCUUUGUCUGUAACAACAAUCAACCUUGGGUUGUCAAUAAUAACCUCGCUUAUGGUUUUGCUGCUGCUCGUAUUCCUGGUGGUGGUGAAGAUCGCUGGUGCUGUUCUUGCUUCGAACUUUCUUUCACCUCUACGGCUGCUAAGGGAAAGAAAAUGGUUGUUCAAAUUACCAACACUGGUUAUGAUGCCGGAACCGAAAAGGGUGCCCACUUUGAUAUACUCAUGCCCGGUGGUGGUGUAGGCUUAUACAAUGGUUGCCAACCUCAAUGGAAUUCCCCUAGUGAAGGCUGGGGUGUCAGAUACGGUGGUGUCUGGAACGCUGACAUGUGUAAGCAAUUGCCUGCUCAACUUCGCAAAGGUUGUGAAUGGCGAUUUGGCUGGUUUAAGGGUGCGGAUAACCCUAACCUCGUUUACAGAGAAGUCACUUGUCCCAAGGAAAUCACAAAUGUCAGUGGCUGCAGAAGAUUGUAAUAGCAAUCUACAUUGGUCCAUCUUUUUCUCGUCUGAAAUAAAAUAUACCUAUUGUUUUAGUGCUUUGUUCUCUAAAGCCAUUGAUUUUAAUUAUUCAUCUAUUGCCUCAGAUCAUAUACUUGGGGUGCCCAUAAUAUUGACGUCAAGUAAUGACCAUUGCGAAUACUCUUAUCGUUUC